GUUCCAGAGGAGCCGAGUUUAGUUCCCAGCAUACACCUUUAACCCUGGCAAGGAGAACUGAAUUCCAGGUCAGCCAGGGUUACAUAGGGAGAUAUUGUCUAUAAAGAUAUAAAUGAUGAAAAGUAUAUAAAAAUGUGCUGUGAUGAGCCCAUGGCCUUGCCCAUGCCAGGCAAGUACUGUCUCUGAGCCCCACGCAAGCCCUCCCUACCUUCUACCCCAGAGUCUCCAGCUUUAUCUCCACAGCCUCCCAAAGCCCAGUCAGUCUUCUCUCCUUUGACGAGCUCUGGGCCUCCGGUUUCCCUGAGGGCCACCCUUAACCCCCUCAACACCCCAGUUUCCUUUGUUGCCUAGGUUCCAAUUCUAGUACCCCGGUUCUUGGCCCUGCCAGGGUUCUGGUUCCAGAAUGUUCUCUGCAGGUGCCUUGAACUUAGCUCCCACCUAGACACAAGGCAGCGCUGAAGACAUGGGCAAGACCAUUCCCCGGUGCCUGCAGGAGCUGGACCUCCGCAAAAGCGUUGUGGGCCUAGCUACAGGCGCCGGGGCCAUAUACCUGCUGUACAAGGCCAUCAAGGCUGGCAUACAAUGUCAUCCGCCCCUCUGCUCCAACUCACCCAUCUGCAUCGCCCGUGAGUGUCCAGUCCCUGGGGAGAGGGAUCUGCAAGAGGUACCUACUCCCAAGGCCUCCCCUGGGGAAACGCCCAAAGGCCUGGCCAUCGAGAGAGAGCGCCACGGGCGGGACUCGGGUGAGAUUCGAAAACUCUUCAACUCACUAGAGUGCAAGCAGGAUACGUAUGCCAAGAGUAUGAUCCUGCACAGUAUCACCCGCUGUGUGUACUUGCUGGAGGCCGAGGCCUCGGCUUGUACUAUCGAUGACAUCAGCUUGGUGGGCGAAAUGCUGGAUGACAAUGACAACAGUGUCAAAAUCCAAGCUCUGAAUGCCCUCAAAGCGUUCUCUGGCAUCAGAAAAUUCAGGUUCAAGAUCCAGGAACACUCCAUCAAGGUGCUGGAGCUAAUCUCUACCAUCUGGGACAUGGAGCUGCAUGUAGCUGGCCUUCGCCUCCUCAACAACCUCCCGCUCCCGGACUACGUGCACCCGCAGCUGAGGCGGGUGAUGUCCUCCUUGAUGGAGAUCAUGCAGUCAGACUGUAUCCUGGCACAGGUCCAAGCCAUCCGCCUGCUGAGUUACCUGGCGCAGAAGAACGACCUUCUCUAUGACAUUCUCAACUGCCAGGUGCAUUCCAACUUCCUGAACCUCCUCCAGUCCUCGCAGCCAGGAAACCUGCUCUUGGAGGUGCUGGUGUUUGCUGAGCGGCUGAGUGAGGGUCGGAAGGCUUCCCACUACCGAGCGGUCAAGUGGCAUUACAACGAGCAGUCCCUGCACGAAGCCCUGUUUGGGGACGAGUCCAGACUGGCAGAUCGACUGCUUUCCCUGGUCAUCCACCCCGAGGAGGACGUUCAGAUCCAAGCCUGCAAAGUCAUUGUCAGCUUACAGUGUCCCCAGGACUUGGGGUCCCGGUCCUCCAUCUGCCGUCCUACUUGCCGUCCCAGCCAUUCCUACUUCAAAGACGGGGAGUAACGUUGAGGAAAACCAAUAAAUGCGUAUGGGAGGGAAGUGCCAGGCUUCUGGAAACACAAGUCUGUCCGUUGCCUCCCAGGGCCUGGGUGGAGGUCCUGCACAUCAAACCUCUGCCUAGGCCAUGGUACAGCAUGGGCGAGUCUCCCAGACACACCCCACUUUUGUGUUUGGGAGACUGACUCCCUCCUUCUGUUGCUGCUCUUCAAAUCUGUUUUUGUUUUUCCAUUUUUGGUGUGGUGUGUGUGUUUCCUCUUGUGUGUGCUUGCUCAUGUGGAGACCCAAACUUGAUGUCAGGCUUAGCCGCCUCCACCUUACUCACUGAGGUGGGGUGUCUCACUCAAACCUUAUCACGAAUACUGCCAGCCUUGCCAGGCAGUUUAUCCUGGGGAUCCCCGCCUCUGCCUCAAGGCUGCUGGGACAGGCAGCCGCUCUGCCUGUCUGGCAUUUGCAUGGGUUCUGAGGAAUCUGAACUCCAGUUCUCAUGUCUGCAUGGCAAAUACUUCAUCCCUCAAGUCAUCCCUUAGACGUCUUUUAAAACCUGUUUAUGUGUGUCUUUGUGUGUGUGUUCUGUGUGUGUCUGUGCGUGCCUCCUGUGUCUGUCUCUGUGUGUUUCUGUGUGUGCAUGCCUGUGUUGGAAUGGAGGUACAGGUGCUGGGAACCCCGGUCCUUUGCAAGCAAGCGUAUCAAGUGCUCUUCCGAUGAGUCCUCCAGCUAUGCUUGAAGACUCUGCCCCAGGCCAUCCUGUUGGGAAUGGUGUGGGAAUGAAAGGUGGGCCCUUGUGGGAGGUGCUCGUGAGGCUGUGAGAGGCCUCUUUCUGACCUUCUGUUUGGUGAUAUGUCUGGUGGCACACAAGCUCCUGCUGAGACAUGUCGCCAUCCACCCCAGGCCUUACCAGAGGCUACACCAGUGGGGCUUGCCUCAUCCUGGAUUUAGAACCUGGUUUAAGCCAGGCAUGGUGGUACAUGGCUUUAAUCCCAGCACUCGUGAAGUAUGUGUAUCUUACACUGCACAUUCUCACAGAUUUUAUUGGUCUGUUCCUCUAGAGAACCCGAAUACAACGCCCUACGAUCAAGUCACUUUUGCAUUUUUAUUUUGUGUGUGUUUGUAUAUGUGUGUGUACCCCUGCCAUGCCACAGCACAUACAAGUCAGAGGACAACUUGCCAGAGGAGAGUUAGCUCUCUCCUUCCACCACGUGGAUCCCCGGAUUGAACUCGGGUUGCCAGGCAUGGCAGCAAACACCUUUACCUGCUGAAUCACCUUGCUGGCCCAGCACACAUUCUUACACCACAUGCCCCUACAAGCCCUGGCUGGAGAAGAGCCAUAGCUUGCUUAGGGACUCCCACUGAGGAGCGGAGGAAGACCCUGGCAUGUUCUUGAGUAUUAAACAGGGAAAGGGACCACCGUGCCUGUGUUACCUGCCUCUCAAAGUGGCCGCCAGGAAGGAUGGUGUGCACAUUUGCUCACGUAUCGGUGGCCACAGUGGGGCUGUGGAGGAAGAACUGAAAGUAUUUGGUGACAUCAAGGGAGAGAAUGACAGACAGACUAGGUAAGAGUGACAGCGCUGGAGUCAGAGUGCUGGGUGUGAAUCCUGUCCUGUUCUCUAUUAGCUGUGUGACCUGGGGUGAGGGAUGAUCCUGUUUGAGCUUCAGUCUCCUUGUCUAUAAAAAUAAAUAGAA